AUGACGCGACCCCAACCCCCGACCAAACCAAAGCAGCCUAUCGAUGGCGCACCACCAAAAGUCAGGAGGGUCGGAAGGAUGACGGCGCCCACCAACAGAAGAGGGCCUAGGAAGAUGAAGACGAUGCGUCGCGACAGUCCGGUAGACACGCAGCCCGACAUUCCAGUGGACACGCGGUCCGAGAGUCCAAUCGACACGUUGAAGACUCCAGAGGAAAGAUUCAGAGAAAGAUACAGGAGGGAGAGAGAUGAGGAGAGAGAUGAAGCCAUAAAGAAGGCAUCGUUGAGAGAUAAGGCCAUCUUGAAGGCAUGGGAUGAGAGGGUUAACAGGACGUCAUCAAAGAUCCCAGCCAAGAAGAGGGCUAGAGAUGACGACGAGGUAGAGAUUGUGGAACCCGCCCCCAAGAGGGCUGGCACAAGAAAGGAGAGGGUCGCGGAUGAGGAUGAUGAGGUCGUGAUUGUAGAACCCCCCGCCAGAGAUGACAAGGAGGAGCAGGAAAGGCGUCAAAGGAACAGGCAGGAAAGACGGUUGAGAUUGUUAAAAGCUGGACUUUUGAAGUAG